CCUCCAAGUAACGCCAUUUCACCAGCUCUGUUAACAACAAAACAAAAGAGCAGUCACAAUGCUUGAGUUCGUUCUAUUCUACAAGAACCCAUUACUCCACGCAUCACUCUCCAUAAUCCUCGCUUUAACCCUAUCCUUCUUCAGAAUCCCAAUCCUCUUUCUCUACGCUCUUCAAACCUACAUCCACCCCGAUUCUCAACCCCAAUCCAAUGGCCUCAAAGCCGCCAUUCGCCGCCCCGGCACCGACGGAACCACCACCGAGCUCCGAAAGAGGAACAAGUCAAAGGAAAAACCCGAUUUCGACGAAAACAAUGCUCAGAUCUUUAGAAUCAGGCUUGAUCAAAGUCACCUUCAAUCUCGUCUUUAUAUUGAUCAGUAUUGUGUUGCUUUUACUGUUUCUUUUGUUACCCUUUUCGCUAUUUUGCUUCAGAAGUUUUUGGAUUGUGAUGACAAUAAUGGGUUGUUGGCAAAUGGGGUUUUUGUUCCGAUUUUGUUAUCAAUUUUGAGUCUUUAUACUUGGGGAAUGUUGUUUGUUAAGGUUACUUUUGAGAGAUCUGCGUCGAGGAGGUCAGAGAAACAAUUAAGCGUUGUUUUUGGGGUUUUAGGGGUUUUUUUAGGAUUGUUUUUUGUUCCUGAAGUUGCUUCUUUGGUUUUGGAUUUUGAUUUUGGGGUUUCUGUUGAUGGGUUUUGGAGGGUUUUGAUAUCUGUGAUGAUGGGUUGUCUUGCUUGUUUUAUGUUCAUUCCUGCUAUACGAAGUGCAAGAUCUUUUUGGCUUGGAACUGAUCAGAUUCGUUGUAAUUUGUCGAUGAUAACUUGUGGGUUUUUUAACCGAACGAUCUUGUAUGUGAAUCAAAUCUUGCUUAUUUUUGUUGCUUUGAUGUGGAUUACGCCGCUGGCUGAGAUUUUUGUAAACAAAAACUACAAUAACAGUAAUGGAAAUAGUGCAACAAGGAGUGGAGUUGGUAAUGUUGAGAGAGUGGUAGGGAAUGUAGGGUUCUCGCCAUCUGAUUUUGACAACUUUAGGCGCUGGUGCUUGUUGGGAUCAAGUUUGUUGCAGAUUGUGGCUUUAAGGGCGAACCUGCAAAUGUAUCUCAAUGAAGCUUUGUUGUCUUGGUACCAAAGACUUCAUGGUGGCAAAGUUCCUGAAUUGGAUUACAGUAGAGCAAAGAUGUUCCUGCAUAAUCACUACUUGUGUCUUGUGGUUUUGCAAUUUCUUGGCCCUCCUGUGUUGGUACUCACCUUUCUUGGCUUGUCUCAGAUUGAUGGUCCUUCCUUUGAAAAUUUCCCAUUGGCAUUGCCUGGCUCUGCUUUUUUCAAGGAGGUUGCAUUGUUUUUGGCUUGGUGGGUGACCUUUCUAUGGGCGAUAUUCUCUUCAGUGAUCCUUUUGCUACAUCGCCACUGUAUUUUGUAUGUUUCUUGAACCUUUGUUUUCUACGGCACGGUUUUAUUGGGUUAGCCUUUUGUUGUAAGUUGAACACGUUUUUUUUUAGAAUUUUGAGAAGAGUGAGAAAAUUAUUGGAUUUAUAGCAUAAGUUUUGCAGGUUAGUCUGCUCAUUAUGAUUCUUUAGUUAACUUCAAUACAUUCAAUUAUGACUGACUUGUAUGUUAUAGUUAUUAUUGGACAUGAGAAUCAUAUACAUUAAACUGAUUAUAGAAAGACCAAAAUUAUAUGGUAUUUCACAUUCCCUCCAAAA